AUGCCAGCCCCGCGAUUGGCAUCGAAAUUAAGUCAUGUCCACCUAGACGGCCGCACCCUAGAAGGAGGUGGGCAGCUAGUCCGCAUCGCUAUCGGGCUAUCCGCCUUAACAGGACGCCCAGUUAGCAUCGACCACGUCCGCGGAAACAGACAAGGGAAAAAGGGACUGAAACGAUCCCAUGCGGCAGCAGUGAAAUUGUUAGCUGAGAUCAGCGGUAGUGAGGUCGCCGGCAGCGAGGUCGGCUCCCAGCGCCUCGAAUUCUUGCCGCACUCACCGAGGACGAGGAGCGGGCCGCUGCUCGACUUAUCGCAGGUCACCGUGAAAUCUGAAUACGAUAUCAAUAUCACGACUGCUGGUUCUAUCUUCCUCGUCUUCCAGGCUCUGUACCCGUAUCUUCUUCACGUUGGGUCUCGAACGCCUGGCUCUUUCGUGAAGGUGAAUAUCACCGGCGGGACAAACUCGAGUCAUUCUCCGUCGUAUGACUAUAUGUCGCAGGUGAUUGUGCCCAAUUUUGCUAAACUUGGGCUUCCGCCUUUGUCGGUGAUUCUGCAUAAGCGUGGCUGGUCAUCUGGACCGAUCGAUCUUGGAGCAGUGACGUUCCUUAUUCAUGUACUUGGGUCUCGACAGAGCUCAGAUAAAGGGGAGGAACAGAAUGAAUCUCCAGAGAAGAGACGGACGACUGAACCUUUUUACACCUUCCCACUGAUGAAUCUCAUGGAUCACAAACGUGGGAAAAUUACGCAAAUCGAUAUCACUGUGCUGGCACCAGAUAUUACCACCCCCAAUGCUAACCUAAGGGAUGACGACGUUGAACUUACGGCUCGUCGGUUUAUUGAGGAGAGCACACUACGCAGUCUACGUCGUGAACUACGAAAGAUGGAUCCGUCGAUAUUCAAACACUCCACUUCGUCUCCACCCGAGGAAGAUCCGCUCACUAAACAGUCAAGUCAAAAUGCACCGGUUCCCAUCAAGAUCCACACAUCAGAAUCCACGCAGCACCGCAGCCACGUGUACCUCCUUAUUGUGGCGCAUACCUCCUCAGGGUUCAGGAUAGCACACGACGUCCUCGGUAGCGUCGGAGGCAAUCGCUCAGCCAAGCCACGAAACAAAGGAAAACAGAAACAACGACCAGCCCAGGCUAAUUGUCAGAACGCGGAUAUACUCUCCGGAGCUGCAGACCUGGUGAACCGAUGUGUAAAAGGGUUCGUCGAGGAGAUCGCCAAUGCGGACCCAGACGAGAAACCCACCUCCAACAUCAAGAGAUCUUGUGUCGAUCAGUACAUGAGAGAUCAGGUCGUUGUAUUUGAGGCGCUGGGUAAAGCCUGUCGCAUUGACGGGCAUGAAGCAGAAGUUAUAGAUGGGAUCUUGGAAGACGAGCGAGCCUGGACACUACACACGAAGACUGCACAGUGGGUGUGCCGGCAGAUGUUGGAUGCGUAA